AAAAAAAUCAGAGUUUUUCUGGUGUUCUGGAUGGAACUGACAAGCUACAUGCAUGGGGGCCAGUGGGAGCUCCCUGAAAUAUUGCCAAUGAAUACUACUGCAGCCAGCCCAAUGUCUACAGCCACUUCAAGUAGUGGAAGAAGUGCAGGGAAGCCUGUAAGCUUUGCAGCAGAAUUACAGAGCAUGAUGUUUUCUUUAGGUGAUGCUAGAAGGCCCCUUCAUGAAACAGCAGUUUUGGUAGAAGAUGUGGUACACACUCAGUUAAUUAAUUUGUUACAGCAAGCAGCUGAAAUUUCACAACUUCGGGGAGCAAGGGUAAUAUCUGCCGAAGAUCUUCUGUUUUUGAUGCGCAAAGAUAAGAAAAAACUUAGAAGACUGCUAAAAUACAUGUUUUUCCGAGACUACAAAUCAAAGAUUGUCAAAGGCAUAGAGGAUGAUGAUCUUCUGGAAGACAAAUUGAGUGGCAGUAAUAAUUCAAACAAAAGACAAAAAAUCGCUCAAGACUUUUUCACCUCUAUUGACCAAACAGGAGAACUCUUAGCAAUGCUUGAAGAUGAUGAAAUUGAUGAAGUUAAACAAGAAAGAAUGGAGAGAGCAGAAAGACAAAGUCGCAUUAUGGAUUCAACUCAAUAUGCAGAAUUCUGUGAGAGUCGACAAUUAAGCUUCUCCAAAAAAGCCUCCAAAUUUCGAGACUGGUUGGACUGCAGCAGUAUGGAGAUAAAACCCAAUGUUGUUGCUAUGGAAAUUUUAGCAUAUUUAGCAUAUGAAACUGUGGCACAGUUAGUGGAUCUGGCUCUUCUUGUGAGGCAGGACAUGGUGACCAAGGCAGGAGACCCCUUCAGCCAUGCCAUUUCGGCCACCUUCAUUCAGUAUCACAGCUCUGUUGAGGGGUCUUACAUGAAGUCCUACCCAGACUCGCCCGAGAAUACACCUCCUCCUACACCCACAGCCCCAUCGUCUGGAUCCCAGCACUCAGGGAAAACCACAUCAGGAUCCCUUGGGAAUGGGAGUGCUGGACAAGACUCAGCUAAAACCAAGCAAAGGAAAAGAAAAAAGAGCACUGCGGCCUGUGGUGUUGAGGCUCACAGCGAUGCCAUCCAGCCCUGCCACAUCAGAGAGGCCAUUCGACGCUACGGCCACAAGAUUGGCCCCCUUUCCCCGUUCACAAGUGCCUACCGCAGGAAUGGGAUGGCUUUUCUGGCCUGCUGAUGGAGAUGGGAUUCCAACGACAGGAAAGGAGGCAGUGUUCCAUUAAGUGGCAGAUACAGAAAUACAUCUGGUCGUCUGUCCCUUGGAACUUUGUACAAAUGCAUCCUUUAGGGUUGGCUCAUUAAUUAUGAUACAGCCACUGUUUCUUCAAGCCCAGGAUGUUUGCCUGCAUGCUUGCUGGGGAGUGAUGGACAGAGUUAAAGAAGAAAGUGGAACGAAAGUUGCUGAGCACCAUUUGAAUUAGAAAUGAUGAUUUCUUUUCUUUCUCAUCAGUUGUUAACAGCUUUUUUAAUUCCACCCUGGGUCUGUUCUGCCUCAGGACAUGUCACUUUCUGAGGUGUGUCCUUUAAGAUCCCAACUAGCAGUGUAGAAUCCCCGCCAGUGGUUCUACGUACCUGCAGCUUUCUUUUCUCAAUGGUGAUGAUUAACUUCUUCCAACUACAUUACUUGGAGGAAAUUCGUUCACCUACCAGUACACUGGCCACUUCUCAGCACUCCUCCCUGACCUGUAUGUGCCCGUCAAGCAGUCCCUGAGCAGAUGUGACUACUGCCGCUCGUGGGUGAGCCUGCCACUUCCAUAGGUCUGACUGUGAAGAGACAAUGAGUCCAAAUGGGUUUGGGCAGUUUGUUACUUACACAGCAGCAUGAGCAAGAUCAUCAUGGUGCCAACUUUCCAUGUUCCGAAUCCCACAGGAAGCUACCAAACCACAGGGGCCAGGCGACAGAAGACGUGAGUGCUGGGUCACUGUGCCAUGUGAGGCUCCGACUCCAAACUCCCACCAAGCAGCUUGUUAGUUUGUGUCCACACCCAGCAGAUGCAGGUGGAGGGCCCUGUCCUCACCAAAACCAGGGAGGCAGAGACACUACUUUGUGGAAUCUCAUCCCAGGACUGGCCGUCUCACCAUCCCUGGGGUGAUUGCAGAUGGUGGCGGAACCUUACCUACGUGGCCUACAUGGAGACGUGCCAAGCCACCAGGUGCCUGUCCCUAUAAUACGUAGUGUCACGUAUUCUGUUAACAGUAUGAAAAAUCAGUCUGCCCUUCUUUCCUAGGUUUUCAUGGUGGCCCCCUCCCCUAACCCUUUCCCAGAAUCCAUCCUGCCGGCCUCAGUGCAUACCUAGUACCUUCUGCUGCCUCUGCACUUCUAAUGUGCCUGUGGGUCCGUCUCUUUCCCAUUUAGUGUCUCUCAUCUUCUCUUCAUGUGUCUCGUAGCCUGCACUAGAGUAAGAAUUUCUUGAGGGCAAGUCUUGUAGUCACCAUAUGCACAUAUUAGGUGUUCAAUAAACAUUUGUUAAUUGGUUGAUAGGAAAAAUAUUCAUUUAAAGAGAAGUACAGAAUCCAGUUUGUUGUUAAGUCUCUAUCUCUUAUUGAUGCUUGUUUGACUUUGGCUGCGUAUCUGCCAAAUUUCAGAUGAUCACAGCCUUUUUUUCAAGGACAAAUAGUGUCUCAGGGACCAGGUGUCUUGUGGCCUUUAUGAGUUGGUCAUUGUAACUUUAGUCUUGUUUGCAGGGGCUAAUGGCCUCAGAAAGUGAGGUAGCCUCAAUGUCAUUUGUACCGUAAAUCUUUACAAACUUGAAAAAGAAUUAUAGAUGAAUCGCUAUUUUUGUAUAUAGUACCAUCUUUGAAAACCUACUAGUUCUCCCACUAGUUGACUGGAAAGACAGUGAGGCAUUUCAGGAUGAAAUUUCCUUAAAGGUAAUGGAAAUAAUAUGUCCCCUGAGCUUAAAGCAAAUAUGAUGAUCUAUUUAGACUGAAAAUAACGAGAUUUUUGUGACCUAGAAGCGACAGUUUAUCACACAAGAGUAACUUGCAAAGAAAAUGUCUUUAUCUCUGCUCCUUCAUUCAUUCAUUUAAAAAAAAAUUUUUUAGCACCUAUAAAAGCCUAGCAAUCAAGGUGGAGUCUACAGUUCCUAUACUGCGAGUCAAGGACCUAUGGGGAACUGUGGAAUUCUUGAAAGGGGCUCAUGAGGCCACUUACAUUAAAUUAUCUGUAGAUUAAGUAAACAUGUUUUGCCUAUACAGGUGCCACUGUUUUAAGUACAGUAAUACCUUGGUUUGUGAGCAUAAUUCG